GAAGCCAUCAUGCAUGCAACAUCGAAUUCUAUAACUUUCUUGCACAGUCUUCUGUUUAUCGAGGAUUGGUUCCUGGUAAGUUGGUCCUUUCCCUGGUGUGCACUAUUUCUGCUCAAACUGGCCAGAUGCCCAUCUCUAUGAAGUCUCCCAGUGACUGGAGAAUUCAAUAAAAAUGAACAGGAGGCACAUCAAAGGGUCUGAAUAUGUUAACUGAAACAUUAAAAGCAUGGUUUCACAUUCAGUUAGGUUACAUGUUGUUAGGAAAAUUACACUUUUAUCAUUCAAAAAUGAAUAAAACAACAAAUUGCACAAAACUCUGAGGUGACUAGUUAAGAUGUAGAAGAUGUACUGUGGACUCUACAUGUGUUGAUUUCUCUGCAGGAGUCCUAGAUGAAAGGAUUUCAUUCAGAAAAUGGAGGCAAACAAGCUCAAAAGAGAUGUUGAGGCCCUUAUAGACAACUACAUUGGACAGAAACUUAGGGAAGACGCCUUUGAUCCGAAGGGCAAGGGAACUUUCACAGCGCUGGAUGACUUGGCUCACUAUGAUCUUGCAAUCAGUGUUGCCCUUUGGUGGCUGGAGAAGAAGGAAGGACGACAUGUGCUCGACAGAGAGAUCAUUGGAGCAACAUGCAGUUUAGGAAGUGCCCAGUAUCCUAAUCGCUUAGAGCGGGAGGCUAUGAUCUUGUCAUCCUUUGCUGGGAUUAUCAUGAGUAGCCUGCCAGUGGAGGAAAUCUUGACUCUGUACAGGUGUAAACCAGCCGCUUCAUACCCCAACCAGAAGUCCAAGGGCUCAAUUGUCUAUCCCAUCACUCUGUCCUAUCAUCCGUUUGCAAUACUUGGAUCCUACAAGGCCGUGUACCACUCCAAGAAACACAAUCAGAAGCUGAAAAGAUGGCUGUCUGGGCAGACAAAGGCAAGUGCUCCACCGAAGCAAGUUUCAUCUUCGUUUUCCACUUCAUCUCAGUCCUUCAUCAGUGAAAGCAGUGAUGUUCACCAGGAAAGGACUGAGCACUAUGAAGGCUCGCAAGAGUCUCUGCACAACUGACGUCAACCUCCAGCAGCUGCCAGAAGUAGAGACAUUGAGCUAGAGCAAUAAUACUAACAUGAAAUGGUAAAACUGCUCAGUUGAAUGUUAACGUACUCAACUAAAAAUGUCACUUAAACUCAAAAAUGCACUUCAAGUACUCAGAAAUAAAAGAGACAUAA